AUGUCCACAGCACUCAAGCAAGUCUUUAAUAAAGAUAAGACUUUCCGCCCAAAACGCAAGUUUGAACCUGGAACACAGAGGUUUGAACUUCACAAACGAGCGCAGGCCUCUCUGAACUCAGGUGUGGACUUAAAAGCGGCUGUGCAGUUGCCCAGUGGAGAAGACCAAAAUGACUGGGUGGCUGUACAUGUUGUUGACUUCUUCAAUAGGAUCAACCUCAUUUAUGGAACUAUCUGUGAGUUCUGCACAGACAGGACCUGCCCAGUGAUGUCUGGAGGCCCUAAGUAUGAGUAUCGGUGGCAGGACGACAUGAAAUACAAGAAGCCUACAGCGUUGCCAGCACCCCAAUAUAUGAAUCUUCUUAUGGACUGGAUCGAGGUGCAAAUCAACAAUGAGGAUAUAUUUCCUACGAGUGUAGGAGGCUUUUCUCCCAACACCUUCCCAGGGACUGUGGUGAGGCUGACUCGCCUGGAGUUCCCCACAUCUUCCCACUUGCCCGUCUUGAAGAUAGGAGUGAUGUUUGCUUUCUUCCAGUUUCCAAGAACAUCCCCAAAUCACCAUGACCUUUCAAAGGCGAGAGUAGAGCCUCAAGGAGUGAAGAAUGUCAGCAGCCCAGGCUCCAUUGUCCGCAAUGGAGUUCUGGUGGCAGCAGACUUUCGGAGUCUGCUAGUUUUCACUGACUCUGAGAGACAUUUCGAUCAGAGGGAGAUGCUGAUGCUGCCCGUGGUGGUCCAGGAGAUCUCAAAGGGCCUCACUUAG